CGCUGCGGCAGUAUUGGUGCGUUCUCCCUGAAAUCUGGAAAAAAGGUUGAGCCUUGUUCCUGAUUUUUCUUCGCCACCGACUCCAAUCCAGUGUAUAUUUUCCAGCGCUAGACAAGUUGAUUUUUCGUCUGUUCGUGCAUCAUCUUAAUUUCGUUAUAAUUUUUGCAAUAGUAAUAUUUUCCAGUUUCGAGUGCAAAUUUCGAGGCAAUCGUCGAAGCGGAAAGAUUACCACGCGACAAGGUUGGGGGCCUGCAGCUCGAAAUUGGUUUUCGGUGGGCUAGAAGUGGCCGGGAUUUUCUCAAUUUCGGAACGCGGUCGGUCGACGGAACCAGCCGGGGCGUAGCGCGACCUGCGAGCAAGGCGAGAAAAGUGAAGAUUUUCCUUGAUUUUCGGAUACCGAGCGGAAGUGGAUUCAGAGUGUUCUCAAGUUUCCUCCGGAGAAGAAUAAAUCCUUCAAAAGUGUGCGAAAGUUUUUUGAAGAGUUCAAGUUUGAAAGUUUUCCGUUUUCCCUAAGUGACUGGAUUUUGAGUUCCUCGCGUCUUCUUCUACCACUUGAUCAAUCAAUCUACAUAGAGUACUACCACUACUACUACUACUACAACUACUACAACUGCUGCUACUUGCUGUUACGGCUACUAGCUAUCGUUCCAUCCGUGACUUGGUUGAAUUUUCCAUCGGUCCGGGAGUGAGAAUCAUCGACGACGACGACGGCGAAGACGUCGGCCAUCGAGUGUUAGAAGAUAAAACAAAUAAAAUUGAUACAUAUAGCAAAACCAAUUCCACCUUUUUCUCUAAACCAAAGUAUUGUAAGAAAUUCAAAUCGGAGGUGCUUCUGAAAGGAUAAGCAAAGCGACACAGCAGCGCAGACGACGACGGUCCGGGAAUUUUCCGAGGAGGCACACACGCCCCAAACCCGAGCGAGCGACACAAGCGAUAACACCAACCAACUAAAACUACCAGUAAACCACGAAAAGCAGUUUUCUCCAUCCCAGGAAGAAGCGACACCGCCGCGGUUGCAGAAAAGUUGUGGAAAAACUCGGAAAAUUUUAGAGGAAAAAAAACGGGAUCAUAGGUGAUAAGGAAAUUUUACAUCUUGUAAUCUUUUGGAUGCACUUUCAUGAUAUAAUAAGAUACUAGGGAAGAACAAAAUACAACCACGAGGAAACAUUUUUGAUAUUCGGAUUUGGAUCUCUUUCCUUGGCAACAACGCGAGAUAUAUACAAGAGAAAUAAGAAAGUCAAGAAAAACAAUAUACAAUAUUUAUAGCGAAAAACCAAGAUAAGAAAAGGAUCAAUUGCUUCCUAUUUACAAUAUAAAACCAAACUUAGCAAAUAAAUUAGCAAAAGCGUCGAAAACAACCGCAGCAGCAAAACUCGAAAGACAUAGGAAUUCCGGUCACUCAUCCGAGACGCCAUCGAACGUCAUCCAACCCAAAAAUUGACCGCUUUCGAAUCUAUACCCCGAAGCACUUCGUUACCACCACCCACUGAAAUUCAGCCCCGAAUCAAAAAUCGAAAAGAUAAAGUUAAAACUUUUCGCCCGUUUCCUUGAGGAUCCCACACGAGUCGAACUUGCAUCCAGAACUUGCACAUCCCGUUUCCACGGAAGAAACAAUAGGAGAAGAGAACAGAACGCGUGUACCUAUACUUGAGCAUCCAGUAAUAGCAACAAAAGAACAACCACAACCAAGAGUCAGAUUAACGACAAUCAACACUUAGCAGCACUACAACAACAACAACAGCAACUAACACCCAAGGCAAACCAGGAGUGAAAUUUGAAACCACACUACAAACAACAACAGUACACACCCCACACAAUACGACCGUAACGCCCCGCCAUCUUAGAUUCUCGGAUUCGCCGGUCGAAGCUUCUCCUAUUGGUCGCUCUUUGCAACGAACGCAGGAAUCAGGCGAAUUCCUCCAACAAGGCGUUAUCCGGUGAAAAAAAAAACUUAAAGCAAAAGCAGAUUUAGAAGAUUUAGAAAAAAAGAGAAUUUCCUUAUAUUGUAACACUGAGGAUAAAGGGUAGAAUUUCCAACUACUUUAGCUAGAGUUUACAGCGAGUGCAUAGCACGACAUUCCCCCGUAAAAGUUUAGAGAAUCAACAACCUACUAAGAGAGAGAGGAAAAAGUUGAUAGUGAUUUACCUACCACGUUGUUAGAGCAAACAAUUUGUAUCUGAUUUAGGGCGAAAGCUACAACAAAGAAAAAACGAGCAAAAAGCAACAGCUAAUCCAUCCAAAACCAAACAGUACCAGUAAGCAAAGCAUACAACAAAUUCUAGAAGAAAAAGGCAAGGCAACCAGACGAUGAUGGCGAACGGUUUGGAGACAGUACAGCAAAACGGUCGCUCCGGUUCCAUUGGCAGCGGCCAGGAGGACAGCAAGACCAACCUGAUCGUGAACUAUCUGCCCCAGACGAUGACCCAGGAGGAGGUCAAGUCGCUGUUCUCCAGCAUCGGCGACGUCGAGAGCUGCAAACUGAUUAGGGAUAAAGUUACCGGACAAAGUCUAGGUUACGGCUUCGUCAACUACCACCGCGCGGAAGACGCGGAUAAAGCAAUAAAUACCUUUAACGGAUUAAGACUACAGAACAAAACGAUCAAGGUGUCGUUCGCACGGCCCAGCUCGGACGCCAUCAAGGGCGCCAACCUGUACGUGUCCGGCCUGUCGAAGAGCAUGACCCAGCAGGAUCUGGAGGCGCUCUUCCAGCCGUACGGCCAGAUCAUCACGUCGCGCAUCCUGUGCGACAACAUUACCGGCCUAUCGAAGGGCGUCGGCUUCAUCCGGUUCGACCAGCGCUCGGAGGCGGAACGGGCCAUCCAGCAGCUGAACGGUACCACGCCGAAGGGCGCCUCCGAACCGAUCACCGUCAAGUUCGCCAACAACCCGAGCAAUAACAUCAACAAGGCGAUCCCGCCGCUGGCCGCCUACCUAACGCCGACGCCCAACCUGCGACGGUUCCCACCCGGGCCGAUCCAUCCGCUAAGCGGCCGGUUCAGCCUUCCUUCCAAUUUCAGUCGCUACUCGCCGUUGACCGGUGACCUAGGCACUUCAGUUCUCUCGGCCAACGCCAUCAACGGAUCAGGCUGGUGCAUCUUCGUGUACAACCUGGCCCCGGAAACGGAGGAGAACGUCUUGUGGCAGCUGUUCGGCCCGUUCGGUGCCGUGCAGAGCGUCAAGGUCAUCAAGGACCUGCAGACGAACAAGUGCAAGGGCUUCGGAUUCGUCACGAUGACCAACUACGACGAAGCCGUGGUCGCUGUCCAGUCCCUCAACGGGUACACCCUCGGAAACCGGGUACUCCAGGUCAGCUUCAAGACGAACAACACCAAGUCGAAAACGAACUAAAACUGGGAAAAAUUCUAAGUUUGUAUUCUUCCCACUCACAAAAAAACACACGGUUUUUUCUCGCAGAUGAAUCCCACGUGAAUGACAGAGAAGCGCCCCACCCUUGCCCUCCUCCUUACUCCUUACUAAGUCCUUCACUCCCUUCCAACGAAGAAUACACACAGAAAAAUCACGUUCGCAAAGCACUAGCAUUUGUCAACUCAUUUUUUCCUGAUAGGAAUCACUUCAAAAGACACCUGUUCCUUAUAUAGAACGAAGAAAACCCAGAAAUAUGCAGUGUAGAAAAGUAGCGUCUCCUGUGUUGUUUUCCCAGAGGAUUCUGAUUUACUUUGAAUGCAUGCAACAACACUCGACAAAAAAAACCGAAAGGAAAUAUCAUUCGUAAAGCUAUUACAGAUAUCAAGUGAAUCAAUGGAAUACUCUUAUAACAAAAAUUUAUUAAGGAAAAUAUACGAAGACGAAGUGAAACAACAGAAAGGUGCAAUAAUAUUUCAAAAAUAUUGUAUAUAGAUGAAUACAGAAAAUAAUUUGAUAUUUCCUAACUAGCGAAAACAAAAUGCGAAUCAAGCCGAAUUACUGAAGAAGAACAACUAAUAGCAGAAUCAUUUAAAACUCAAAGAAAAGCCGAAAAAUAUAAUUGUUAUUAGCCGUUUGCCGAGGCGGUUGAGGCGCGUUCGACCGACAGCUGGCGCCAUCUGACGACGAGCACCCCCUAGUACCGACGAAACCAACCCGCUUGCUGUAAUUCCACGCACGAAUCGAAGGAAAUUAGCGAAUUUUACCGAACGCUCAAUGUUUACUCCCAGACGAUGAAAAUGAAGCAAAAAAAAAACUAUAACGGAAGUGUCGACGAACCCAGUGAAAACAAAUAUAAAUGUGCAAUAAUGUAUUAGAAACAUGGUACUAUCUCUAUAUAUUUAAAUGAAUAUUAGCCAAAUUGAUUCGUGCGGAUGAACGGCAAUCGGGGCUGGUGGCGCGAAAGCUCGUCGCUCGUUCGAACGACGGCCGAAUCGCAGCCGAACACCGUGUCCACUCGGCAAAACGCUGAAUGAUCUCGUAACUAAAUUGAAGCUAAUCUUAAUAUAACGCAAACAAAAAAAAACUCUAUUUAUUUAUAUACUAAUUUAUUCUUGAAUGUUUCAAUAUGACGUGAAUAGUAAACACAGCAAACAAAAAAAAAACAGUGAAAUCAUAAACAACGCGUAAUUUUUAAGGAGGCAAGCGAUGAUGACGAAGGCGAAGAAGCAGAAGAAGAUCAUGAAACCAAUGGGAAUGGUGUAAUAAGUUCAUUAUAUUCUGUAACCUUAUAAUUGUAAUCUCAUACAUUGUAUAUUUAUUCAAUGGAUAAUUUAUUUAAUCAAUAUUAUACAAACUUAACGCAACAAGCAAACAAACGUAAACGCUAAUUAUCGAUGGAUUUUUGAAUUUUUAAAAACAUCACAACCUAACCACAACAACGCAAAUGCAAUUUUAAGUAAAACUUCUCUUAAGCCGUAUUAAUCUUGAAACUCUUCUUUCAAACUGUGUACACUUUUUACUCGAAUCGAGAACAGAAAACCCUGCAAUCGAUCAUCUAUCGCUCUCUAUCUUUCUAGUUGUAAUUGUUCUCCCCCUCAAUUUUCCUAGCAAAACAAACAAGAAAAGAAGAAAACGAGAAACAGAGCACUUUGCCCGACACACGAAGCCGAAAGGGACGAACUUUGACACUUCAACACACGAACACAGGUACACACGCUGAACAACGCAGUUUUAUUUGACAGACACCAACACACUCACUCACUCACCUACGCAACAACUGGAUCUAGUCACCCUAGUUUUUAUGAUCGUAUAAAUGGUUUUUCAAUACAAUUCUCUCGUGUUUGACUUUGUUUUUGACGUUUGUUCCUUGAAUCAGAAGACGAAGACGAAGAAGAAGAUAAAAAAUCAAACAACCAAAAAAAUAAUGGAAGAAAAUGUACCCGUACUGCAAUUGAUUUAGUGUUAUGUUUAGCGUUUAAGCGGGAGAAGGCUGAGGAACUAACGCAAAGAAAGGAAAAUAUUUUUUCGUGACUCGUACUCGUUUACUAAAACCGAAAGGAAAUUGAAUUUAAGCAAAUUUGACGUCUACUAAGUAAAGAAAAAUAUUCAAAAUCAUACUCUUACAAAAUGUUGGUAGUGAAAUUUUACUUCAGUGGGUUUUUUCUCUCUUAUAAUCCCUUAUAUCAAUGUUUAUAUUCGUGAUCAGUUUUUAAACUAAAUUUAAAUUAGUGGAACUAAGUUUAAGGUGAAUUCGAUACUAACUGGACUAUUGCGCUUAACUAAAAUUGAAACUUAACUAAUCCGAAAACGGAAGCCAUCUUGUGUGACGCAUCGUAGGUAGGCGGAAGGACAGCAAGCAAGCAUGAUGAAGAAAACGACAAACAAAUCUGGUACGCACACAGAAGCGAUCUUUGAUCUUUGUUCAGAUUCCUAUUUUCAGAACGCUCUCUUUGUUAUCUCUCCAAGGCUACUUUAAAUCAAUUGUGUAAGCUAAAAACAAAUAAUAAAGUAUUAGUCAACCGAAGCAAAACUUACGUAAAUUUAGUAGACAAAAGGUAAACAUAUUGAUGAUUUUACUCAUAAACAAAAAAUACUUUCCUCGAUUUUAGUCAAAAUUUUAUUGAUUAGAUAUUGUAUUCAUAUAAAUUAUUCAAAUCGCAGCAUACGCAAUAUGUUUAAGGGGAAGUAUUGUAUCAAUUAAUUGUGCAAGUAGACACAUCAAAACAGCAGCCAUCAUGGGAGAAAUAGAAUGAAGUGUGCCAUCCGCCGUUUGACAGCUAACAGGAAAACAAGAAAAACAAUCAGAGCCAUCUAGGCUCGCAUCACUUGGAUGAAAUGUCAGUUCUUAGUACCGAAUGCUUCACUCACACACACAUAGCACAAACAGUAAGUACGGUCACAUUCAGCAUAAUAAUUUGACGGCAUAGCCUACUUGUUCGGGUAUUGCGAGACAAAUAAUUUACCCUAUUUUCCUACACUUGACGCACACAACCAUAAGAACGUAAACGAACACAGACACACACAAAAAACGAAUUUGUCACAGAUUCGCGCAUUGAAAACACGCAAACACAAGCAAAAGCAAGACGAGCAACUUGUCAUUAGUAUUGAUAUUGAAUUUUAUGUAUUCGAAACAAGAAAAGUAAAAGAAAUUAAAGAAAAUUAUAAGAUACAUGUUAUAUUUGCAUAUUAUUAUAACGAAAACAAAAAAAACUACUCUAUUAUCAUUCAUUGAAGAACAACUGAAACAAAAUGAAAGCGCAAAACUGUUCCAGAAUUAUCCAGAACUCAUUUCUCAGCCGUGAUGUAGCCACUGUAAACAACCAAUCGCAAAUCCAAUCCGAAUCUCCCAUUCUGCAAACAGAGGACAAGCAAAAUCCAUUUACAGGAAACGACAUACCGCAAUUUUUACCCCCCGUUGUAUUGAAGAAAAAGACGAGCGAACGAGCAAAACCUGUUAUUUUACUAGGCAAAAUAUUGACCGAAGCAAAUAAUCCCCGAAACAGCAAGAAUAAUAAUAAUAAUUAAACAACAUAAGGCAAAAAACAACUGUUGGUAAACAAUGAGACUGGAUGUAAAAGUUUUUAAAACGCUCAGUGUAAGCGAAGCAUUUGUAUUCAGCGCGCAAACUUACGAAAUGAAGACAGAACCGAACUCCCGAAGCAUACGUAUGUAGCGAACACCUUCCACAUGGAGAUUAAAGAAGAAACAAUAACCGACGAUUAGAUGAAGAAAAGACCGAAAGCACACAAGUGAGUCGACACGUCAACGAAUACAACGAGCAAAUCAUACGGAGAAAAAAAAAUACAUUACAUUAACAGAUUAACAAAGAAAACAAACACACACAAAUCGAUCGAUCAUUCACACUUCAGUCCAUUGUGUGUGUGACCAAGAGCGGCAGAGGGCGCACACGCCAGAGCAAAAGAGAGAAACACCAAGAUGACGCUUUUAAGGACCUACCAUCUUCCCGGAUUGUUUACAUUUUCCAGACCUCGAGCAGACAUUUUCAAUUCCACACACACAUUCCCGCACACCGAGACUCCAUUUUGACUGAACGUCUACUUUCCGCGCAACAUUGAACAACAACAACAACAAAACUAAUCUCCAUCCAUUUGUUAGACGACAGUGACAACAGCUAUGAACAGAAAAACAAAACUAUGACAUUUAGAGGGAAAAUAUAUGAAAAAUGAUAGCGCAAAAUACACCACCAUCAGAGUAGGCCACGUAAUCCGUUAGACAGUAUAGGUCGCGCCGAGGGGCCCCUCAACGCGCAAACAUUGCGCGCAUAUUCACUCGAUCCCACUGCUCUGCUGUUAGCUGUAGUCUGGUUUGGGACAAACACCCACUACAAGUAGGAAAUUUUCUCACUCAUGUGAAAAACCAAUACGCUUAUUUAGACCCGAAAAUUGUCCCUCAACUCAGAGCGAGAGCCAUUUUUCCCACCUUGGAGAUUGAGAAUCGUAGAACAAUCGUUGCGAAAAAAAAAGUUGUCUGUCUAUCGGAGACCCCUCGGUGCGAUCAGCCGAAUAGUAAUCAAAGCAAACCAUGACCCAUUUAGAGCAUAUGUCAGACCGAAAUUCAAUAUGAUUGUUUCAGUAUGCAAGCAAAUCUAUAUUAAUGGCAAAUUGUAUAGAGAAAGAAAUUAAAGUUUUAUAACACAACUAACAACCGAUGAAGCAUUUUAUUUUCGAAUCAUAAAAAACGCAUUCAAUGGUCACAGGAAAGAAAAUGGAAGCGCAAAUCAUCGGGCUGUCUGCGUCAACAACAGCAGCAACAACAACAACAGCAGCAGUGGCAGCAGCAAAACCAGUGAAAUAUGUAAAACUAAAUAAUUAACAAGAAAAAGUAAAAAAAAUAUUAUCAGUAUUCAAAAAAUCCCCAAAUUAAUGGAAAACUAAGCUACAAAACCUAUUUAAUUGAUUUUUAUGUCAUUUUAGAAAAAGAGGAAAAACGGUAAUAAAAGCAAAUAAAACAGUUUAAAAACA